AAAUAAAGACAGGUGUGCGAGAUGUUGCCUUCUAGUGAGUUCCAGGUCAAUAUGUUAGAUUGCCAACCAGUCCAUGAGCAAGCUACCCAGUCCCAGACUACAGUUCUUGUUGUGACCAGUGGAACUGUGAAGUUUGAUGGAAACAAACAACAUUACUUCAACCAGAACUUUCUGCUGACUGCUCAGUCCACUCCUAAUAGCACCGUGUGGAAGAUUGCUAGUGAUUGCUUCCGUUUUCAAGAUUGGGCUAGUAGUUAAAGGGGUAAAAGUCUAUUCUUUUUUUUUUUUUUUAAUUUUUUUUUUAUUGGUUGUUCAAAACAUUAUAAAGCUCUUGACAUAUCAUAUUUCAUACAUUAGAUUCAAGUUGGUUAUGAACUCCCAAUUUUACCCCAAAUACAGAUUGCAGAAUCACAUCGGUUACACAUCCACAUUUUUACAUAAUUCCCUAUUAGUAACUGUUGUAUUCUGCUACCUUUCCUAUCCUCUACCAUCCCCCCUCCCUCCCCUCCCAUCUUCUCUCUCUACCCCAUGAAGCAGAGGUCUGUGUGAAUUGAUUCAUUUAAUUAGAAAAACACUGUAAACUGGUUUGUGCUGAAACUAAGUUUCUUCGGUAUUUUUUUUAUUCCUAGCAGCACCUUUUCUAGCAGCUGCCAGUUUGGUUUGUUGCCCUUCAGAGCUUUAAUGCUAGUUUUUUACAUGCCUUAUAUACAUUCCACUAAUGACAUUCUUAAAGUAAUGUUAAACACAUGAUCUUGGUACUAACAUACUCACUGUGAACCCAGCCUACCGCAAAAAUGGAAUCCUUUUGUAAUACUAUCUGUGGAGUAUCAACACAAUAUAACUCUCUGGGAAUAA